UGGAAAAUUUACCGGGAUGGUAGUGGGAUUGCAGGCAGCCACGUGUUGAAUUAUGUAAGAGGUUUUGUGUGUGGUGGUGAGAUGAAGGAUGUCUGAGGAUAAUCGAGCGGUGACAGUGGAGAAUUUGGUUCCAAGAUGGCAAAUGUUGUUGGACUAAGGUUGUCAUUGCCAUUGCCAUUGCCGGUGUUGGGUUCUGUCUGUGUUUGUUACUCUUCAGCCUUUGCCACUACUCUUUCAAGACCACCUACAAAGAAGCUGAAUUGGAAAGUUAAGGGUCCUCGUCGCAUGGUUUUGGGCCUUGGAGUUUCCUUCUUCUCUCACUUUAUGACCAUGGCUGGUGCCAUGGGAAGCAAGUCCUUCAUGGCCUCCGCCAAGAUAACCGGUGGUUCCUCUGUGGAUGAGUUACUGAAGAACUACGAAUGGCCCGAGCAGUUUCCCUUUAAGGAUGAGGAUUUCCAGCGCUUUGAUGAGACUCCAGAUUCCUUAUUCUAUGAAGCACCUCGAUUUGUGACACACAUUGAUGACCCUGCAAUUGCUGCUUUGACUAAAUAUUACUCCAAAGUUUUCCCACCUAGCAACACUCCUGGAGUAAGCAUCUUGGAUAUGUGUAGCAGUUGGGUCAGCCAUUUUCCACCAGGAUACAAGCAAGAACGAGUGGUGGGAUUAGGCAUGAAUGAAGAAGAGCUAAAUAGGAACCCGGUUCUCACAGAGUAUGCCGUGAAAGACUUAAAUGUGAACCCCAAACUUCCAUUUGAGGAUAACUCUUUCGACAUCAUCACUAAUGUGGUCAGUGUUGAUUACCUUACAAAGCCACUUGAUGUUUUCAAGGAGAUGUCCAGGGUUCUCAAGCCAGGUGGACUAGCCAUAAUGAGCUUUUCAAACCGAUGCUUCUGGACAAAGGCCAUUUCUAUAUGGACAUCAACUGGGGAUGCUGAUCAUGUUAUGAUUGUUGGAUCAUAUUUCCAUUAUGCUGGAGGAUUUGAACCUCCUCAGGUGGCUGUGGAUAUAUCUCCUAAUCCUGGACGCUCAGAUCCUAUGUACAUUGUGUACUCCAGGAAGCUCUCUACGGCUUGAGAGAAAUACGAAAUGAGAGUUCGUAGCAAUAUAUUUACUAUUUUACUUAUUAUCACUUAUCAAGCAGUGAAUGUAGUGGGAGAAAUUCAUUCUUAUCAUCAUAUUGCAUGCAAUUUUUGUUAUAGCAUUGCCCUCAUAGAAAUGCAUACAAAACUCCAGUUAAUAUAUUGGUGUUGAUGAGUGUUGCCACCAGCAUUGGACACAAACUGAAUUCCUAGCUCUGUUUCUUUUACUCUACAAUCAUUCAUAAAAUAUUGUUACUUUGGGAAGAUUA